UUUCAUGAGUAGCAUAUAGAAUGUCAACUUGGUUGAGCACAUUGAUUAUAACUUGGUUUAGACUUAAGAGACCUCUGAGGAUUUUUCACCACAUGACCACCUAAACACUCAGAGAAACAGGGCAACCAAGAAUACACGUGCAUACACCAGAUCCAUUUGAAACUCUGCUCGAGUUCUCGGACGUGAUCCCAGAUCCACCAUGGCAGAGGGUGUUGUAGCGUUGCUGAUUGCCAAGCUUGGUUUUGCCUUGGCAAAAGAGGCAGCAACCUUUGGUGCAUCGCUGCUAUGCAAGGAAGCAUCUGCACUCAAGGGUCUCUUCGGCGAGAUCCGUGAGGCCAAGGAGGAGCUGGAGAGCAUGCAGGCCUAUCUCCAGGGGGCGGAGCGGUUCAAGGACACCGAUGAGACCACCGGCAUCUUCGUCAACAAGGUUAGGGGCUUCGCCUUCGAGAUCGAGGAUGUGGUCGACGAGUUCACGUACAAGCUGGAAGACACCCAUGGGGGAUUCGCGACCAAGAUGAAGAAGAGGGUCAAGCACAUCAAGGCAUGGCGCCGUCUGACACUCAAGCUCCAAGAUAUUAAGGGCAGGCUUCAGGGUGCAGAUAGGAGAAAGGUCCGCUACGACAUGAGAGGGAUUGAUAGAGGGGGCUGCAACAAUGUUCAGUCAAGAUCUGCUGACCAUUCUCUGAAUCCUCCUAGGGAAGAGGAUCUUGUGGGUAUUGAGGAGAACAAGGACAAGCUGAUGCACUGGCUGGUGGGUGAUUUGGAGGAGCAGGGGAGCAAAAUUGCAACUAUUUGGGGAAUGGGAGGUGUGGGUAAGACCACUUUGGUUCAUCAUGUGUACAAGGCCGUGAAGAUGGACUUUGCUAAAUAUGCGUGGAUAACAGUAUCAAGUAGCUACCAAGGUGAAGACUUGUUGAGACAGAUAGCAACUGAACUCGGUGUCGCAAUUGGCCUCGCGGACGCAAACAGGAACCUGGUUGAGGUAAUCCAUAAUCAUCUGCAAGGUUCAGAAUAUCUCAUAGUUCUGGAUGAUGUUUGGCAUUUGGAUGUUUGGUUUAAGGUAAGGAAUGCAUUUCCUACAGAAAGCACUAGUCGAUUUGUCAUCACCACUAGAAUCCAGGAGGUGGCAUUGCUGGCAACAAAAAACUGUACAAUCAAAUUGGAACCAUUAGAAAGACAUCAUGCAUGGCAGUUAUUUUGCAAUGAAGCCUUUUGGAACAAUGAGAAAAAAACAUGCCCAGAUGAACUAGAAAUUUUAGCUCAAAUGUUUCUGGAUAAGUGUGGUGGCUUGCCCAUUGCUAUUGCUUGUGUAGGCCGCUUGUUGUCAUGCAGGCAUCCAACAUACUCUGAAUGGAAAAGUUUAUACAAGGAGUUAGAGUUGCAGCUCAGUAAUAAUGUGAUCCUCGAUGUUAAUGCUGUUCUGAAAGUCAGCUUGGAGGACCUUCCAACUGAUCUGAAGAACUGUUUUCUGUACUGCACAAUGUUUCCAGAGGAUUAUCUGUUCCAAAGAAGACAGGUAAUGAGGCAUUGGAUAGCAUCUGGAUUCAUUAAAGAAGCAGGGAACAAAACAUUGGAUGAAGUGGCAGAGGGUUACCUGAACAAACUUGUAAACAGAAGCCUACUGCAGGUGGUCGAGCGGAACCGGGCUGGCCAAGUUUAUAGGUGCCGAAUGCAUGACAUUCUCCGUGUUUUAGCUCUCACUAAAUCAGAAGAGGAAUCCUUUUGUCAUGUUUACAAUGGCUUGACGCCUUUUUCGACCAAGAAGACGCGUCGUCUGUCAAUUCAGAGUACAAACGUGGAACAAUUGGCCCCGUUGCUGUGUGCAACAAGUCUCCGCUCUCUGCAUGUUUUUGAGAGUCAUCUGAGAAUUGAUUCUCUAGAGGCUUUCCUCAAACCUUUCAACUUACUGUCAACAUUGGAUCUGCAGGGAGUUCAAAUCAAGAGACUACCCAAGAUUGUCUUCAACUUGUUUAAUCUCCGCUUUCUAGGUCUUCGAGAUACUCAUAUUGAGUAUCUCCCAAAAGAAAUAGGAAGGUUACAGAACCUGGAAGUCCUUGAUGCUUACAAUUCUAUGCUAUCGGCGCUUCCAGUGCAAGUAGCCACACUUCGGAAAUUGAAAUACCUGUAUGUGGUUACUAUUCCAGCUGGAGCUGACGAGAGAGUUCUUACUUUUGAAGGGAUCCAGGUGCCUAAGGGUAUCGGCAAUUUGACCGACUUGCUGGCCCUGCAACUUAUCGAAGCUAGCAGUGAGGUUCUGUUUCAGCUAGGAUAUUUGACCAAGAUGAGAAGUUUUUCUAUCACUAAAGUUAGGAGUGGUCAUUGGGCAGAUUUGUGUGGGGCCAUCGCGAAAAUGGUUCAUCUUGUUCAUGUAACAAUCCAUUCACUUGAUCAAAGGGAAGUUCUGCAGCUGGAAUCACUAUGCUUACCACCAACAGUUUCGGAAGUUGUAAUAUAUGCGCAGCUGGACCAAAGAGUUCUACCUCAGUUCGUCUCAUCCAGUUCAAAACUCAUUAACCUCACUGGUUUACAUUUGGGUUGGUCCAAAUUAGAUGAAAACUCUUUUGCGUGCCUCUUGGGUUUGCAUGGCUUAGUUACACUUGUCCUUAAUAAGGCUUAUGAUGGAAAGGAGCUGAACUUUCCUGCAACAUCACUUCCAAAACUCAAAUAUUUACGGAUAUGGGAUGCUCCAAAUCUCAGCAGAGUUACAAUUAAACAACGUGCGAUGCAAAAUAUUGUUCAACUAAUUCUCACUGACUGUCCAGAAUUGAAACAUCUUCCUCAUGGCAUCGAGCAUCUUAGUACCCUCGAGUACCUGAAGCUGUGCGAUAUUUCCGAAGAGCUGACACGGAAGCUUCAGCUAAAUGAGGAAUCAAAGGAAUGCAAUGAAGAUUGGAUGAAAAUUAGCCAUGUGAGAUGGGUUGACUUUAAUUAGGUGUAGUGAGUGCAGGCAGGGGUUUCUAGUUGGAGAUGCAACGUUUGUAGUGUGCUAUACCUUUUCCAGUUUGAAAUGGUGAAGCACUUCUCCUUUAUUAGUGUUUUGAUCUUUGUUGGUGAUGCAGUCUGCACUUCUCCUGCUCUGCAGUCUGCACUCUGUUCUCCCCUCACUCAGUUCUAUGAGUAGCUCAUCUCCGUGUGCAUGCACCACCACCACAUCGCCGGCCAUCCUGUGCACCCCUGGCCGAGUUGGCACUACCACUGUGUUCCUAGAAGUCUCUAUCGAGGACUUUU